GCGGGCCCGGCCGCUGGAAGGCCAUGGGGGAAGGCAGACGGCGCGGCGGCGGCGGCAGCAGCAGGACUUGAAGAGACUCGGUGUCACGACGAGAGCAGCCGCCCGGGGCAACCCUCGCUCCUUCCUGACGGGAGCCAGUCCGAGCCCCGUUGCGCUGAGAGGGGUUACUCGCUGAGGAGCUGCACUGUUGUCUACUUCUGGCAAAGCUGCGUGCUCCAGCCAAGGGAUGCUGAGCCUUGUCUCAUGUAUCGGCAGAGUGGUGGUCCUCUCGGCAGCCGUCUUGGUGACAACAUCCAUCACCAUGUCGGGAGAAUGGGGAGAGGAAGGGGUGAUGUAUGGCCAGCUGGGAAAAGAUGUGACGCUGCAGUGUGCUGGAGGGAGCCCCGGCUCAGUGUUGGAAUGGCGGCGGAAUGGAGCCCCGGUGCUGCCAGAGGACGCCGCAGUCCAGCAAGGCCAGCUCCUCCUGCCCCGGGCCGAGCUCUCCUCUGAAGGCAUCUACAGCUGCCACGACGCCCGUGGGCUCCUGCUCAGCUCCGUCACUUUGCGCCUGGGCCGGCUCCCGGGGGUCCCCUCCGUCUCCUGCAGAGCUUCCAACUACGAGAACUUCUCCUGCUUCUGGACUCCCAGCACCGACACCUUCCUGCCCACCAGAUACAUCACCACUUACCGGAAGAAAUUCCGGCCAGGCGAUGAGCGGCGAAGGUCGCAGAGCAGCGACGAGGGACUCUGCCUCCUGGACCCCGCCCACCCCCACUCCUGCACCGUCAGCAAGGCCCAGUUCUGGAGCUCCUACCGCAUGAACGUGACGGAGAUGAAUCCCCUGGGCUCCAGCUGCCGCCUGCUCGACUUCACCGUGCAAGCCAUCCUCAAGCCAGAUCCCCCAGAAGGCCUGCGGGUUGAGCCAGUGCCGUCAGCCCCCCGGCGGCUGCGUGUGAGCUGGGAGUACCCCUCCACGUGGCCCAACGAGCCCCACUUUCAGCUCAAGUUCCGGCUCCAGUAUCGCCCCGUCAUGCACAGCUCGUGGUCCAUGGUGGAGACAGCCAACGUCUCCGAGCUGAUAACAGACGCCUUCAUGGGCCUGGAGCACGUGGUCCAGGUCAGCGCGAGGGACUUUCUGGACGCGGGGAGCUGGAGCGAGUGGAGCCACGAGGCGUGGGGCAUGCCCACUCUCGGGCAAACCAUGGCACCCAGCGAAGUAGCCACCGCAGCCAUUGAGCCAGAGAGUCCAGCCGAGGAGCCCUCUCUGGCCCCCAACAACGAACCUGUUGCAGGCCACAGCGACCCCCUGGAGAAGGUGGCAGUUCUGGUGUCGCUUGGCGUCUUCGCCUUCUUUGUCCUGGCUGUGAUCCUCGUGUUUGCCUUUCUGAUGUGGAUCCGGAUGAAGAAACACAGCAAAGAGGCCACAAAAAACCACGACCUGCUCUCAGCCACCAUCCACAUGAAGGCCUUGCCCAAAGCCCAGAUCUUGUAGCCAGAGUCGGUCCUCCUCUGGCAGGGCAGCCCCCACCCACAAGAGGGGCAUGCCGUCACUGACUCGCCAUCUGCCGCUGCCUUUGGACCCCCAGAGUGAUGCACGACUGGAGCCCCCUGCAUGCACCGGUGCCGAAGGAUCCCAUUGGGAAAGGAGCUCCUCGGCAGGACAGGGGCUGCAGGGAAGACUGCCCGGCCUCCGGGGCGUCACUCUUGCUCCGGAGCCAGCCCUGCUUUUCUGCUUUGGACCCCAAAGCAGACUGAACUCUGGAAGAGGGCUGCCUUUGGACUCGUCAGCAGUCUCUGUCCAGCACGGGGCAGGGAGAGCUGAGGCCUCAGUCUCCGUUGAGCCUGGCGAAAGGCACCAGUGCCAGUAGGAGCUGGCCCAGGCAGGGGCCAAAGGACGGUCGCCGCUGCCCCUGCCUGCCAAGGCCUGUGCCCAGCCGCAGCCCCUUCCUCAGCUGCAGCGUGACACUUGGGGCUGUGGAAAGGUUUGUCGACGCUCCCGAAGGCCUCGUCCAGGGCAGCAUCAUUUCAUAAGCAACCUUUGCUGGAGCCCAGUGCAUUGUGGGAAUCCUGCCUCUGCCUGGCGGGGCGGGAGGUGUCAGCCAAAGAGAGAACCAGGGUGUCGUGUUUCUGUGUGUGUGUGUGUGCGCGCGCACCUGGUUGGGAUGGGUCUUUUCCAGCUUGGAAAUGGAAUCCCUGGUUUGUGUGUGUUCGGCAGUCUUCCUUGUCCAGGUCUCAGUCAAGACAGCAGCAGCAGCAUUACUUAGCGGCACCAGAUGGAGCUGGCUUGAGUUCACCUCGAAGUGAAGUCACAGCUGCAACCUGGGAGCCCAGCAGGGGGAGAGCUUUGAAAAUGGGGGGGGGGGGCGUGCUGGAGGAGACCUUCCACUUCGGGAUGCCAGAUAUGCUGAGCGUGGUGACUUAACGUGGGGUCAGGCAGUGGGCGAGAGCCAGCGGGGGGAGGCUCGUGCUGGGGAGGGCAGGCUGCCAGUCCGUCCCCUGGGAGACUGUUUGGGCCCCCCACCCCGAGCAAGCCAAGGGUCGUGGGCAGGAGUCAGCAGUCCCCCAGGCCUGCUGCAAAAGCUGUUGGGCAAAUUAGCAUCUCAACGUUUUAUUCACAAGAGCACAUUUCCAGCCCUUCAGAGAGCAAGGGGC